GAGGAGAAGGGCACCUCGAAGAAACGAUACAAGGUUUUGAGAUGGAAGACAGAUCCCCUCCUGGAGUCAGCUUAAAUAGCUAUCAAGAGGCUAAGGAGUUGAUACUUGGUGAUGAAAAUUUCAAGUAUCAGCUAGAAGAGUUUAGGAAAUCAGGUCGAAAUGAAAUGACCAUCCUACUAUGUGGCAAGACAGGUGUAGGAAAGUCACAUUUGACCAAUGCACUUAUUGGUGAAAAUCUCGCGGAAGAGGGUCAUACUCUGUCUUCAAGGACAGCCGAGGUGAAUGGUUACAACUUCCUCAAAAACGGCGUGAAGAUUACAGUUUUUGAUACGCCGGGUUUCGCAGAUAGAGACAAUAAAGAAGAGGAUUAUGUGAAAAAAAUCAGGGAAAAGGUUACCAAAUUCGACGUGUUCGUUUUCUGUACCGAGAUGAACACUACACGGUUUCGGGACGACGACGUCAAAACAAUCCAAAAGUUAACAGAAGCCUUCGGUCCGCAGCUGUGGGAGCACGCUGUUGUUGGCUUAACAUUUGCCAACAAAGUUGAUCCACCACGCGGAGUAGGAAAGAAUACAGAAGAGUUCUUUGAUCAUCGCACGCGAGAAUUUAAGGGAAUAAUCUUUGAAGAACUAGGAAAAUGGAAAGAUCUAGACAUAAACAUUUUUGUCAAUUAUGUAGAAUUUGCCCCAACUGGAGACUCGCAGGAACCAGAAUUACCAGGUAUUUCUCACUGGAUAACAGCUUUAUGGGUUAAAACCUUUAAACGUUUAAACAACAGCGCAAAACCAGCAUUCUUUCUGGCAAAUAUGGAUCGUUUCAGGCCUGGUCCCUUCAAGAAAGACAGGAAGCAUUCACCUGUAGACAGAGAGGGUAUGAACUGCGGAGGAGGAAGUUCAACUGGGUUUGUUCCUCCUAUCUACCUCGAAGAACACGAUCAAGUCAUGGCUGAUCUUUUCAGUUGCGAUCAAAAUGGUGACACCGCUUCUGAUCACCGUCCAAGUAGCACAACUGUUUCUAUGGAGGAGAUAUCAACAAACUCGGAAUCACAUCUGCGUCUACGCUCAGCUACGUCAGGUACUGAUCAUGAGGAGAGAGGCCUUGCGGAGAGUUUCCCCAGCAUCAACCUCGUCCCUCCCCCGGUAAGGGAAAACCUGAGAGAUGCCAUGAUGUGGUUUGCUAGAGGGGCCGUCAGGGUGAUAUUCCAAAGGAUCCUUUCUGGAAGUGGCUCCCUUGUUGCCGCUGCCCUCGGCUGGAUUUUUAAUCGCUGAAGAGAUGAUUACCUUCAUGUAAACUGCUUUGCAUGACUUUUUGAGUAGAAUUCGCUAGA